CAGCGCCCCACCAAGUACAGUAACAAAUGCUCAUCUUCAUUCAUAGGCACCAGUGUUUAAAUACCGCCAUCGACUCUCUGUUCCUCAGUCUAGCUCACGACUUCCUCAGUGCAGCACUUCGAUCGUCAGACGACCUUCUUCAGCUUUUCUUUCUCUCGUGAUCAUUCCCGUGGAUACUCCUGUACCGUGCACCAUGAAGCAGACCCCGGACCAGUUCUCGGUGAGCCACCUCCUCAGCGCCGUGGAGAGCGAGAUCUCGGCGGGGUCGGAGAAGGGCGACCCGACCGAGCGCGACCUGAAGGUGACGCUGGGCGAGAAGCCGCUCUGGGAGAAGUUCAAGUCGCUCACCAACGAGAUGAUCGUCACCAAGAGUGGAAGACGCAUGUUCCCCGUGCUGAAGGUGAACGUGUCCGGGCUGGACCCUAACGCCAUGUACUCCUUCCUGCUGGACUUCACGGCCGCCGACAACCACCGCUGGAAGUACGUCAACGGCGAGUGGGUUCCCGGCGGCAAGCCCGAGCCGUCCGUGCCGAGCUGCGUCUACAUCCACCCGGACUCGCCCAACUUCGGCGCGCACUGGAUGAAAUCACCUGUGUCCUUCAGCAAGGUCAAACUCACCAACAAACUCAACGGAGGUGGACAGCAGAUAAUGUUGAACAGCCUGCACAAGUAUGAGCCGCGCAUCCACAUCGUGAAGGUGGGAGGGCCGGACAACCAGAGAACCCUCAGCACACACACGUUCGCCGAGACACAGUUCAUCGCUGUCACUGCCUACCAGAACGAGGAGCUGACUGCUCUGAAGAUCAAGCACAACCCGUUCGCCAAGGCAUUUCUGGACGCCAAGGAAAGGAAUGACACAAAGAGUGGACAUGACGACCUGACCGACCAGCAGCCACAGUUUUCACAACUCGGAGGCUGGUUCCUGCCCGGUACGGGUCCCAUCUGCCCGCCGCCCAACCCUCACCAGUUCGCCCCGUCCCUCGGCCUGCCCAGUCACGGCUGUGACAGAUACAGUACUCUGAGGAACCACCGCUCGGCGCCCUACCCGCACCCGUACCAGAGAAGCUCGCCUCCAACGAACUACGGCCACGACACGGCUGCCAGCCUUCCCAUGAUGCCGACGCACGACAACUGGUCCGGCCUGCCUGUCUCCACACACAACAUGCUGUCCAUGUCAGCCAUGCCUCACACCACCACAUCCACGCACGCGCAGUACCCCAACCUCUGGUCCGUCUCCAACAACAACCUGACGCCCACCACGCAUGCGCAGACGCACAUGUCCGGCACCAUGGGCACGGGUCUGCCGCACCAGUUCCUGAGGACCACCGCGCCUGCGCCCUACCAUUCCAUCCCCACCUGCACGGUGCCGACCACGGCGUCCAGCUCUCCGGUGUACCACGACUCGCACGAGGUGUCUUCCACGGACAGCGGGUACGGCCACUCCACUACCCCGCCCGCCACGCAGACAAGGAUACCCGCCAACAACUGGAGCCCCAUGACCAUGCCGUCCAUGUAAAACUCUUCUCAACUGUACUUCAUGCACAACAACGACCAAAGACAAUCCUUAACGUGCUACAAAUGUACUCAAAACAAUGCCGUCAAUCUUGCCAAACGUACCAAAGAAUGCCUAUAUUUAUUGUACAUAUAGUUCGAACGUAAUGAGCCACUUUGAAACGAAAUAUGUCUCUUCAUGCGGAAGAAUCGUAACACUUGUGCAAGUGUCAUUCCGACGAUACAUGUCUCAAGGAAAAGUUCAUUUUUUCUGUACAUAGUGUAAAGUUCAAGUAAAGACGUUUUGUCUAACAUAUGUGCUGAUAUUUAUAUACAUAAACGUUUAUUUUUGUGUGGUAGAAUUGUAGUUGAUGUAAAUAAAAGAAGUUGCUUGGAAAAAUA